AUGGGUCGCGUCAUUCGUGGACAGCGUCGCGGUGCGGGCGGCAUAUUCAAAGCUCACACAUCGAAGAGAAAAGGGCCAGUAAAGCUUCGCCCCGUGGACUUUGCUGAGCGCAACGGUUACAUUCGGGGGCUCGUUACCGCCAUCGAACACGACCCGGGACGCGGCGCGCCCGUCGCGAUCGUUGAGUUCCAAGACCCGUACCGCUACAAGAAAAGGAAGGAACGCAUCUUGGCUGUCGAGGGCAUGUACACGGGCAUGUCCGUGUACUUUGGUAAAAAAGCGGUCCUCGCUGUAGGAAACACGCUUCCACUCUCCUCUAUGCCGGAAGGUACCAUUGUGUGCAACCUCGAGACAAAGGAAGGCGACCGAGGCACGCUUGCCAGAGCCUCCGGCAUGUACGCUGUUGUGGUGAACCAUCUAGAAAACGGAAAGACUCGUGUACGUCUACCGAGCGGCGCUCGCCGACUAGUAUCGAGCUCGUGCAGGGCGACAGUUGGAGUUGUUGCAGGUGGCGGCCGAACAGCGAAACCCAUCCUCAAAGCUGGCCGCGCAUACUACAAAUACAAAGCGAAGCGCAACGAAUGGCCGCGAGUACGUGGCGUAGCUAUGAACCCUGUGGACCACCCGCACGGUGGUGGUAAUCAUCAACAUGUGGGCCAUCCAACGACUGUUGCCAGGGGAAGUGUUCCCGGUCAGAAAGUUGGUCUCAUUGCAGCCCGUCGUACUGGCCGCAUCAGCGGUACACGUGAAACGCGCGUCAAGGAAGAGUAA